AUGGCGGAUACAGAUAACAUCAACUUCGUUGACAGCAUCAUCCAACGGCUGCUGGAAGUGGGAGAGUCUGAGCCUUGUAAGAGUAUCCAGCUCCCGGAGGAUGAAAUCCGGGGACUGUGCUUAAAAUCUCAACAGAUCUUUCUGCACCAGCCCAUCCUACUGGAGCUCAAAGCACCACUCAAAAUAUGCGGCGAUAUCAAUGGGCAAUACCAUGAUUUGCUUCGACUCUUUGGUUUGGGUGGUUUCCCGCCAGAAAGCAACUACCUGUUUCUCGGGGACUAUGUGGACAGGGGGAAGCAGUCGCUGGAGACUAUCUGCCUCUUACUGGCCUACAAGAUCAAAUAUCCUGAGAAUUUCUUCCUUCUCAGAGGAAACCACGAAUGUGCCAGCAUCAACAAGACUUACGGGUUUUACGAUGAAUGUAAAAGGAGAUACAACAUUAAACUGUGGAAAACCUUCACAGACUGCUUUAACUGUUUACCAGUAGCAGCCAUCGUGGAUGAGAGAAUAUUUUGCUGUCAUGGAGGUUUAUCACCAGAUCUUCAAUCUAUGGAGCAGAUUCGAGGAAUUAUUCGACCAACUGAUAUACCAGAUCGAGGUCUUCUUUGUGAUCUUUUGUGGUCGGACCCCAAUAAGGAUGUCUUGGGCUGGGGUAAAAAUGACAGAGGGGUGUCCUGCACAUUUGAUGCCGAAGUGGUUACAAAAUUUCUGCAGAAGCAUGAUUUGGGUCUUAUAUGUAGAGCCCACCAGGUGGUAGAAGAUGGAUAUGAAUUUUUUGCAAAGAGGCAGUUGGUCACUCUGUUUUCGGCACCCAAUUACUGUAAAGAGUUUGACAAUGUGGGUGCCAUGAUGAGUGUGGACAAUACAUUACUGUGCUCUUUUCAGAUUUUAAAGCCGGCGGAGAAAAGGAAGCAGAGUGCCAGGAGACCCGUAACACCUCCAAGGGGUAUGAUCACAAAGCAAGCAAAGCAAUAG